CGCAAGCGCACUGUCUGUUUAGUGACCGACCUUGCGGCCGUACCGCAUUCAAACAUGAAUAUAUUUAAUAAAUAUUAAUUAAAUAAAAUGAUUUCUAGUUCUAUUUAAUCUUUGUGAACGAACAUUUUAAUUUUAAAUCAUAAUUCAAUGUUUGGUUGUGUUUUAAAUAAUCUUAGUGAAAUAAUAAUAGUGAAAUUUAAAUAAAUCAAAAUGAGUCUCGAAAAAAAUAGUGAGGAAGUGACGAUUGAUGAUAUUUUAAAAAUAUUGGGACCUUUUGGAAGGUUUAAUCUGUACAAUUAUGUACUUAUACUAUUUCCUGUGCUUCUGUCUGGUUUAUAUUCAUCUGUUUACAACUUCGAAUCCUUGGAUUUGAAAUACCGAUGUGAGGUCCCGGAAUGUCUGGGGAGCCAAGACGUAAAUUUCACAAUUCCCCACGACCCCAACGGAAACCCCUACAAAUGCUUGCGGUAUGCCCCCUUCAGCAACUCCACGGGGAACGGAACCUGUUCCCCCCACCACUUCGACUCCUCAAUGGCGAUACCGUGCGAGUCUUACGUUUAUUUGGAGCAUCAUUCUAUAGUUAAGGAGUUUGACCUCGCGUGCCAGGAUUGGAAGCGCUCCCUAGUGGGCACGGUCCAUAACGCAGGUUUUUUUGUGUCCAUCCCUCUGACUGGACUACUAUCAGACAAGUUUGGUCGACGAGUGGCCCUGAUCUUCGCCGCUGUUUCCAACGGUGUCUUCGGCGUCAUUCGGGCGUUGUCGGUGAACUACGAAAUGUUCAUCGUGUUUGAAUUUUUGGAACCGGCGUUUGGAGGGGGCGUGUAUACAGCGUGUUUCGUUUUAGCAAUGGAGCUCGUUGGACCAAAAGGCAGAGUAUUCGUCAGUCUCCUAUUCAAUACCAUGUUUAUCAUCGGCGGCGUCUGCGUCACCCUCCUCUCCUGGUACUUAGAGAACUGGAGAUACCUGGUCUUCCUCAUCUACACACCCUCCGUCUUCAUCUUCGUCUACAUCUGGACCUUAACCGAAAGUUUCCGAUGGUACUUCAGCAAAGGCCGCUACGAAGAAGGACUCCAGGUCCUCAUGAAAUCGGAGAAAAUCAACAACGUAUCUGUACCCAGAGACCAUUAUGAACAAGUAGAAAAGCACGCGACACAGCAAAGGGAAGCGAGGAAAUUUGAAACAUUAGAAUCAAAUCAGUCAUCUUUCAAACAAAUGUUCACAUCUAUCAUGAUCUGGAAGAGACUAUUCAUAUGCUCUUUCUUGUGGAUAUCUUCGACUUUGGUGUACUAUGGCUUAUCGAUUAACGCUAUUGAGCUAUCAGGGAACAGCUACUUGAACUACAUAGUUGUGCUGGUGAUAGAAGCGCCGGCGAAUGUGUGUAAGCUUAUAUUUCUGGACAGAUUUGGACGGAAGAAAGUCAUAGCAACAGCUUUCUUUUUGACUGCUUUGAUUCUUAUCAACUAUGGAUUUGUGCCAGCCGGCGUGUGGUCACUAGUGAUGUACCUCGGAGGCAAAUUCUUCAUCACCCUCGCCUACAAUUCCCUGUACGUGUUCGCUGCAGAGGUGUUCCCCACAAAUUAUAGGACCACCCUCCUGGCCAUGUGUUCUACUAUAGGCAGAACGGGGUCUACUGUGGCGCCUCAAACUCCUCUACUUGCAAGGUACUACGAAUAUCUCCCUACAAUGCUGUUCGGUAUAAUGGCAGGUCUAUCAGCAUUCUUCGUACUCCUUCUCCCUGAAACAAACAACAUGAAACUCCCUGACUCUCUUAGAGAGGCGCAAGAGCAGGACAAAAGACCUGGACAGACCGAUGAAAAUAAUACCAGUUGUAAAACUUCUCUUUAGUGUAAGUUGCUUAAUGUUAGGCAAAUGCGUUGUGACAAUAAUUUACUAUGCGUGCGAUAUUCGGCUUGCUAAUGUGAAAGCCGUAUUUAUUUAUAUGUAGUGAAAAAUAAUUCACUAAAGUUCUUUUGUGUUUGAGUUUAUUAUGUUUUAGAUUUGAAUAAGAAAAAAUAUAGUUAGGAUUCAAACUAAUGAUUCUUCUGUAAAUGGCGCAAUAAUGAGUUUGUCUAUCUAUUUUUUGUGCAGGAUUUGUUCUGUUUGUUUAAUUUUACACACAAUACAAAACACAAUGAUGAUUCUUGAACAUUGUGAUUUUUAUUCCCGUUGAUUUAAAGAUCAAAAACUUUUGCAAUGUUAAAAACUAUUAACUGACUAAAUUGUUGAACAAGUGAAAUAUUUUAUGAAAUGUAACUUUUAUUUAGUAGCUGUGUGGACAUUUUGUUAAACAAUAAAAAUUCAAUAAAAACAAUCCACUCGAUUGUAAAUACGGAAUGUGCUGAAUUGAAUGACGUGAAAGUUUAUUCACUAUUAAACUAACAAACAAUAGUGUGGUCUCAUUGCAAAAGUUAAACGAAUUUUUCGAGUUUAACUUUUUGAACAUACGCGUGCUCACUGAACACCCCAUUGUGGUCUUAUAGUAAACUAGCGGCUCGCCCCGGCUUCCCUCGGGUAAAACCAUCCAUAAUAAAAAGUUGCCUCCUGAAGGUUUCGCCUAUCUCUGUGGCAAAUUUCAUCAAAUUCGGCCUAGUAGUUUUUGAGUUUAUCACUUACAAACAAAAAAAAUACAAAUCUCUAACAAAAAAACAAAAAUACAAAUUCUCUUUAUAGUAUUAGUAUGGAUUGGAUAUGGAUAACCCACUCAAAAAGGUAUGAAAAUAUAAGGUAGGAAAAUAUGCUAGAAUUCAAAGAUACGAGGUUAGCAUUAUGUUUUAUCCACUAUGUAUCUAUAUUGACUGCAUGAAGACGGCGAAUUUAAAGCUUAUUAUUAUUAUUUAUUUAUUAAGCAUACACAACAGUUAACAAUCACAUACAGUUUUGUAACAAUGUUAAUAUAAUGUAUAGGUACUGAUCUAGAUCGCUAACCAAAAACGUGAAUGCAUUGCAUGCUAAUCAAAUAUGCUCAAAAGCUCUUACAAAUACAGAAAUUACAGAAACAAAUUACAGAUAUAACAGAGAAUCGUGGUUAUAUACUCAUUUGAGUUUUAAAUUAAAUCUAAACAAGAGAACUGACAGAACUCAUUGGAGGACAGUCUUUACUUGUAAAUCUAAUAUGUUUCGACUCGAAGAGAUCUAAACUAUGCAUACCAUAAGGAGGGUUGACGUCAGGCAGGCGGCCGGUUGAAAAAUUUAAGCCAAAACUUAUUACAGUAUGUUAAGUUUUAAUUCGAGGGAAGGGACUUACAUACUGUGCCGACCCCACAUGAGUGGGAUAAGGUCAAAAAGAAGACCAUCUGACUUCAUCAGUCGUCUGGAUGGUCUUCUUUUGUCAUUAUAAAGCCUACACACUCCAAAUACUGGAUUAUAGUAAGAAGUGUUAUUAAUAUAAUAAUAAUAUAUUUAAAACUGCAUGUUUCUGGACAAAUCUAGUCUGGCCGAAACGUUUCUACCUGCUGUGCGGUGCAGGCAGGAACGUUUCAAUGACAUAAAAUAUUGAUAACUCGAAUUAAUAGUGGGGAACCCUAAAGGCUAUUAAAAUUUGUGUUUUAACUCGAGCGUCAUGGGAAAGCGAAUCGAAUGCAAUGAAACAUUUAUACAUGUAUUAUAAUACUAUGAUUCACAUCCAAAUGUGAAAGAUUAGAUGGUAGAUGAAAAAAUGUUUGCUUUAAAAAUACAAUUUAAUAACUAUUAUGUAGUGUAAGUGGAUAUGCAAAAUACAGGAAAGAUUUGUAAGAAAACAAAUUAUGUUUUACGAGUAUUAAGUAAGUAGGUAUUUUAUUCUCCUGUUAUGAAAUUAAGAUUAGGAAUUGAAUAAUUGAUAUUGUAAUAAGUGAAACUAAGAUUUAUAUUAUUGGGUUAAAAAAUGGAAAAAAUAGACAAUCUGUAGUUACCUUCCUAUUGACAGAAAGUGUCUUUUUUUCCAAUUUCUCAAAAUUGUAAAGUGCGAUAGGGACAAACUAGAAUGAAGCUGACAAAACAUACAUAAGCUUAAUUACUUAUUCUUUAACUUUUUUAAAAUAAAAAGCAGCUAGCUAUUGACCGCGGCUUUGCCCGCGUGAAUUUAAUUACGAAAACGGAACAGACAUGAUAUUCAUACAAACUUUCCACUAUAGUAAUUUGGUCAUGUUUUUAAAAAGUACCCUAUGUUGGAACGGAAUUCUUUAAAUAGUUAAUAUUUUUGAUGAAAUUGAUUGCGUUGAACAGACGGACAGACAGAUAGGCAGACUUUCGCAUUUAGGUAUAAUAAGUAUUAGUAGGUAUGGAAGUAUGAAUUAGAAAUGUCAGUACGUUUUGGGUCAUAAUAAUAAACGAUUUUUAACAUCAGUAAAAUUUCGCUAGGCAUUCUAAUUUCAUAAUAAUUAUCGUUUUUUUUUAAGAUUACGAUUACUAACUAAUAUAGCAAAUAACUAAUAAUGAAAAUAUAGCAAUUUUAUUGUUUUAAGCAAAUUCAUAAACUUAAAAGUUUGAAUGAUCGAUGCGUUAGCUCGAAUAAGGUGAUAUUUUGUAAAUGCAAAAAAACAGUCCUAGACCGUAAAAAAAUGAAGAAAACUGAUGAUAAGGACUUCGAUUGUGUGAAAAUCGAGCCACAGCACAGCAGAAUCUGUCAAACUAUUUUCGCAACGAUCGAGGUUCAGCUGCGAUCAUACGAUCAUACUUCAGCUGUUAGGUAUAUCAGCUACUAUAGUAUUCAUAUAGUAUACUAUAGUCUAGUAUUGUUAUAGGUACUACAGCUGGAUCGCAGCUGAACCUCGAUCGUUGCGAAAAUAGUUUGACAUAGUAUACCUAUAGGUAGGUACUUUCAGUUAUUUCCAUUCAUGAAAAUUGUUUAAUUUUUAUGUAUUAUCUAUUUUAAAAUAAGUCUGGUUACUUUUUAAGGUAUUUACCUAUUCAUAUAUUCACUGGUAGUCACUGGCAUUUGUAUUGGGUUUUAUACUGUACUUAUGUUAUUACCUGAAAUAAAAUAAUUUAAUAUUAUUAUUACCUACCUAACAACCAAUAGGUAGGUGUUUUUGAAUCAAUGUGUGUACAAUAGUAGUAGAAAGGUAUACUUAUAAAGAUAUACCUUAUAAGUAGGUACAUACGUAGCUUAUAAUUGGCGUAAAUUACUUAUUUCUUUAAUUUAUGUAAUUAGUACUUCGAGCACUAGAUAUUUUCUGUAAAUAUUGUAUGCCAAUAAGUAUUAGUAAGUUGGAAAAAUUAAACUUGAUUUGAAAUCAUCUUACCUAUA